UCGUUCUUGAACUCGACCUCUUUGAACUGCUCCCUUCUCCUUCCUACGCGUGGAUAUGCGUGUCAAAACACUGGAAAUUCGAUGGCACGACUCGAAACCGAUCUCCACCUGCGACUUCCAACCGGCCCCUUUCAAGAAAGCGCGUCCAACGCAGGACAGGGCCUUCGCGUUGCAAGCGUACAAGCUUGCCACGGGCGGUGAGGAUAAUCACGUCAGGUUAUGGCUGGUGCAUCCGCAUAUAUUACCAAGUUCGGUCGCGGACGCGUCAAGCGCCAUGCCACCCGCACCGCGCCAGCCGCGGGUUGAAUACCUUGCUACGCUCAGCAGGCACUCUGCCGCCGUAAACGUGGUGAGAUUCUCUCCCAAUGGCGAAUAUAUCGCGUCCGCGGGAGAUGAUGGGAUGCUUAUUAUAUGGGCGCCGUCAUCGACACCACAGACAGCCACGUAUGGUAGCGACCUCACUCCCGAAGAGCAGCAAUACGAGAAAGAGUACUGGAAGGCCCGCGUGACAGUUCGAUGCACCACAAUGCAAGUGUAUGACCUGGCAUGGAGCCCGACGGGCGAGUAUAUCAUCGCGGGGAGCACGGACAAUUGUGCUAGGGUGUAUUCCGCGAGUGACGGCAAGCUUUUGCAUGAAAUUGCCGAGCAUAACCAUUAUGUGCAAGGCGUCGCCUGGGACCCGCUGAACGAGUAUAUUGCAACCCAAAGCAGCGAUCGCUCGAUGCACAUCUACAGCAUCACCAGUAAGGAUGGUCGAUUCGAGGCACAUGCAGUAGGCAAGAACACAAAGAUGACGCGCCACCAUCGAACCUCCAGCUCACAUAGCCGACCGCGUAUGCAACGUCGAGAGUCCACAGCCAGCGAUGCCGAAUCUGUGGUUACCUCUGCUAGUGAACGUUUGAAGGAUGAGAUAGCAGCACCUCCAUUGUCAACUCCUUCCACCAGUCAGACGAACGACGCUCCCCUCACUCCGUCUACUUCAGUCGCGAGCACACCCCAUACGAGUGCUGCGAUGUUUCCUCCGCCAUCAUCCUCGUCGCGUCGAUCGUCCUUCAGCACUCCUGCUUCUCCUGCUUCCUCGUUGCAUACAGGGCGCUCAGCGCGCUCGCCAUCACCUAUGCCCGCGCUACCCGCCAUCCGGGCUUUGCCGGCCACAAUGUCAAGCUGGGCGACCGUGAAGCUCUAUGGAGACGAGAAUUUCACUAACUUCUUCCGGCGCCUCACGUUUAGCCCGGACGGAGGUCUCCUGUUGACACCAGCCGGGCAGUUUGAGGAUCCUUCCGUCGUUCCAGGGACCAGCCGUUUAUCAAAUGGCAGGUCCGAUGACCAACCAACUCGGGGCCGCAAGGGAAAUCUCUCGAUCAACACCGAUGAAAAUAUCGACUCUGGACAAAGUUCAUGCGUAUACGUCUAUUCUCGCGCAAACUUCGCAAGGCCCCCCAUCGCGCAGUUACCGGGACAUAAGAAGGCCACCGUCGCGGUGAGGUUUUCACCCAUCCUUUACGAGCUCCGCCCUGGGGUUGCAGCUUCGGGACCGACAGAACCCAAGCGGAUCGUAGUGGAGAAGGGCAAAGAAGAGUUUGUGUCCGUGGAUCUUCUAGGCCCCGUCUCUGGAGCGCCUAUGUUACAGGACAACAAUUCUUUGGCCCCAAUGUCGCCUCAAACUGCGACGACCAACUCCUUCCGCUCGCCUAUCGCUGCCCCUGCCCCCGUCCGUCCCGGUUCUGUCGGUGUACAUGCUCCCGCGAUGCCCUCUCCGGCGUUGUCUGCGACAGACUCGCUAAGAGUGCCGACGCCUGCGCGAUCGAGAGCUUCUACGCCCAACCCAUUCUCAACACCGUCCACGGCAUCAAGUUCCGUCUUCGCGCUGCCCUAUCGGAUGCUCUUCGCAGUUGCAACGAAAGACACGGUCACCAUUCAUGAUACCCAGCAGGCAGGGCCCAUCAGCUUGCUCACGAAACUUCACUAUGAUGAGUUCACAGAUCUGACAUGGUCUCCUGACGGGCAGUGCUUGAUACUGUCGUCGAGGGACGGAUACUGCACUCUGGUCGUAUUUGAUGAGAUUCUCCCGGCGCACCACACGCAACAACACACACUUCAGCUGCAAUCUAUUGCACACCAUCACUCGUUACCCAUGACGACUUCCUCUUCCACUCCUUCGUCUCAGUUGAUCUCUACGCCUACCCCGAUACAGAGCACUGGGACGAAGCGUAGCGAGCCCCCGUUGACGCCUGCGGCUAGUGUAGAUGAUAACAUCGUGAGUUCUCGCGCAGAUCAAAUCCCGGAUGAAGGCGAGAAAAUGCAGAGCAAUACGGAAGGUCCGCCAAAGAAAAAGAGACGGGUGGCGCUAACCCGAGUAGGAGACAUUGCCCCGUAG